AUGGCUGAACUGGCUACUGCUGCUUUGGAAACAGCAGCAGAGAGAGUUACAGAGACAGUGUGUGAAUUCGGUUCUCGGCAGAUUAACUAUGUGUUUAAGUACCGGAGCUACAUGAAGAAACUGAAGGAGCAAGUUAAGGAGCUUGAAAUUAGAAGAGAAGAUGUGAAAGAAGCUGUAGAAAUGGCUGAAAGACAAGGUGAACAGAUUUAUAAUGAAGUUACGGAGUGGCUGAAGAGUGUGGAAGAGUUCAUGGAACGGGUAGCAAAGCUCGUUGAUGAAGAAGAUAAAGCAAAGAAGCGCUGUUUCAAAGGGUUGUGUCCUGAUUUGAUUAAACGUUACAGGCUCAGCAAAGAAGCAGAGGAGGUCGCGGAGGCAGGUGCCAAGGUCUUGGAACAAGGAAAAUUCAGUAGAAUUUCGCACCCACCCCUUCUACGGAGGACGGAAUCCAUAUUCGUCGGUAAGGAGUACGAACACUUUGACUCAAGAGAGUCAAAUUUCCAGGAAAUUAUGGAUGCAUUGAAAGAUUCUACUGUUAAUAUGAUUGGAGUGCACGGGAUGGGUGGUGUGGGUAAAACCACACUGGUCAAAAAAGUUUCUUGGAAGGCCAAGGAAGAUAAGUUAUUUGAUGAGGUGGUGAUUGCUGAGGUAACACAAACUCCGGAUCUUAAAAAAAUUCAAGCCGACAUUGCUGGUCAAUUGGGCAUGGUAUUUAGGGACCAGGAGAGUCCGUUUGGAAGAGCUGAUCAAUUACGUCAGGGGUUGAAGAAGUCCAAGAGAAUCCUUGUAAUAGUAGAUAAUAUCUGGAAGAAGCUUGACCUGAAGGAUGUUGGAAUUCCUUUAAGCUAUGAUAAUAAAGGUAGCAUGACGGAACACAGGAAAGAAAGCAAUGAUGAGCAAGAGCGGUGCGCAAUAUUGUUAACAACUAGAACGUUAGCUGUCUUAAAUCAAAUGAAAACUCAAAAGAAUAUAUCGGUUGAGCCUUUAGCCACUAAUGAUGCAAGGAGUUUGUUUGGGAAAAUUGUUGGUGAUUUAUCAGAAAAACACAGUAUAGCAGCGGAAAUAGUAGAAAAAUGUGCAGGGUUGCCACUUGCGAUUACAGCAAUUGCAAAUGCUUUGAAAGGAAAAAGUGAUUAUGUCUGGAAGGAUGCCCUACAUCAGUUAAAAAGUUAUAAUCAUAGAUGCGUUCCAGAAAUGGAUAACACUUUAUACUCAACUAUUGAAUUGAGUUACAAAUUGUUGAACAGUGAAGAAGCCAAAUGGAUACUUCUACUUUGUGCUCUAUAUAAUGAUACCCAUGUCGCUCACUUCUUGUUCAGAGGUAUGGGGUUGGGUUUCUUUGAAAAUGUUUACUCAGUUAAUGAUGGAAGGAAUAGAAUAAAGUCAUUGAUUGAUUAUCUUCGAGAUUCGUGUUUGUUGUUAAAAGGUAACAAUAAUGAGAUGGUCAAAAUGCAUGAUGUCGUUCAUACUGUUGUUGUAUCAAUUGCCAAAGAGAAAUAUAUGUUUCAUAUUCCAGAUGUCGAGGGCAUUGAAGAGGUGUUGAUGAACAGAAUGUACAAAGAUUCGAUUGCAAUUUCUCUGUCUAAUAAAGACAUUCAUGGGCUUCCUGAAAGGGUAGAGUGUCCAAAACUUAAGUUAUUUACUUACGAUAUUAAAAAAGAUCUUUGUUUACGAAUCCCAAACCACUUUUUCGAAGGAAUGAAAGAACUCAAAGUACUAGAAUUGAACGGAGUUCAUUUAUUACCACCACCACCAUCAUUUGUUUGCCUAACAAACCUUAAAAGAUUGUUUCUCUGGGAUUGCUCUUUAGGAGACAUAACAAUGUUGGGGGAGCUAAGGAAAUUAGAGACUCUUGAAUUUCUAAGUUGUGAUUUUGAACAGUUGCCUGAAAGAUUUAAACAACUGACGGGACUUAAGUUGUUACAAUUGAGAGAUUGUCCAAAGCUUAAAGUAAUCCCACCAAAUGUCAUAGCCAGCUUGUAUCGAUUAGAAGAGCUAUAUAUAAUUAAUAGCUUUGAUCGAUGGGAAGUUGAAGGACAAAAUAACGCUAGUCUUGCAGAGUUGAAGGAAUUGCCCCAAUUGAACACUUUAUGCAUGCAUAUUUCGAAUGUGCAGAUGAUACAGCAAGACUUUAUUCCAGUGAACUUAGAAAAGUAUAAAGUACAUAUUGGAGAUAUAUGGGACUGGUCUUAUGAAUAUGAAACCUCGAGAACUUUGAGGCUAAAGUUCAAUGGAAGCAGUCAUAUGAGGUACGGGAUCAAAAUUUUGAUAGAGAAAGCAAAAUAUCUCUAUCUAGAUCAGCUGGAUGGUGUUAAGGAUAUACUUUGGGAACUUGACAGAGAAGGUUUCCCAGAAUUAAAGCAUCUCUCUGUACAAAAUAGUUCCGAAAUUUUGUAUAUUGUCAACGCGAUAGAGUGCAUUCAUUCUGAUGAUGCCUUUCCAAUCUUAGAAUCAAUGUUUCUUAUUAAUCUAGGUCAUAUGGAGAAGAUAUGUUACGGCCUAGAUAAUGAAAAAUCUUUCAGCCAAUUAAAAAUAUUGAAAGUAGCUGAUUGUGACAAUCUGAAGUAUCUCUUCUCAUCCUCCAUGGCCAAAAACUUACCGCUGCUUGAAGAAAUCGAUGUAACUAAUUGCAAGACACUAAAGAAGAUUUUUGGUGAAGAAAGUGAAGACCAUGCUGAUGAAAACAAAAAGGUCUGUAAGAUAGAGUUUAAACAGUUGCACUCCAUAGUACUACAGGGCCUACCGCAGCUCAUAAGAUUUGGCUUGGAGAUUGGAGAAGUUGACACUGUCCUUAAUUAA